AUGUGUCUAUGUACCAUCUGUGGCGCAGAUGGUACUAGUGGCCAUGGAAGUCGAUACCCAGUCGUUCCUCCAAGAGGCAGUCUCAUGUGCUAUUCCUGCCUCGAGCUCAAGAACCUCGAAGCUCAGAUUGCGGACACCAAAGCUUUCUUGAAUCACCUUGAAGCGCACAUCGACCUCCUCAAGUUCAACCACAACCACACGCACGACUAUUUCACCCACCGACUCCCUCCAGAAGUCGCCUCUCACAUCUUCGUACUCGCCGUCGCCGAUGCAGAGACUCUCCAAGAUCAACAUCGGGCUCCCCUGACUCUUGGUGCUGUGUCGAGGAGGUGGCGGCAGAUUGCAUGGUCGACGCCGAGGUUAUGGACAGAAGUCCCAGUUGAUCUCAACAAGUUCGAAGAGUCAUUCCACCUCCCGAAGGAGCUUCUCGUUCAGUGGAUAGGACGAGCGGGUCAGCUUCCACUUUCCGUCCAUAUCUCCUUUGAUGCCACUGACUCGGACUCUUCCCGCCACACCACAAACUUCACAAACAUUGUCAACACCUUAAAUGAGUAUUCUCUGCGCUGGGAGUCCUUGAGUCUCGCCAUGCCAUUCUCGCUGGUUCCCCAUCUCCGUGCCACACAUGAGGUACCGCUCUUGAAGCGGCUAACAAUCAACCCGCCCUACCGCGUCGAAAAUAAUGCACUGCAACACCAAGGAGAAACCUUUGACAUCUGCACUGUACCUCCUCUUCUUCAAGACGUCUCGAUUGAAGGAUUCCCGUUCGCGUCAAUACGAAUCAAUUGGUCCCAUGUCACAAUGCUACAUUUUGGGGGCAUAUCCGUCAUCGAUUGUCUCUGUAUCUUCCAGCAGGCUCCCCAAAUCACCGAGUGUUCACUCAGGAUUAGCAACGACAUGGGUAUUCUCCACCUCGAUAACCCCAUCAUCCUCCCUUGCCUUGUCCAAUUCGAGAUCCACUUCGCCGAUGACAUCGAUAGAGCAAAUGCUCUUCUCGACAGGAUUUCGCUUCCCGUACUGAGGCACCUAGAGUACGAGUUCGACUUGCAGGAUUACACCCCUCUGGCGAGACUUUUGACUCGCUCAUCGUCCCCCCUCACCUAUCUCUCGAUCACCUGCCAUUCACAUGAGGGUGUCGCAACGGAUGGAAGCCUUUUCGAGACGCUGCGUGCUGCUCCGACUGUCGAAGACCUUCACCUCGAUAUCACCCAUCUGCGGAAGGACUUCUUCGACAUCAUCUCUCCCAUUGACGCCGCCUCGAACAAGGCCAUAUUCCUUCCCAAGCUCAGGCAGCUCUCGUAUGCCGGCAAAUUGACAUUCGGCUGGCUCUCGUUCAUCAGAUUUAUAGACUCGAGACAGAGCAUUAGGGCAGAAGAUGGACGGUCUGUCUUUCGCUCAAUUACUCUCGACGUGGAUAUGGCCAGGACUGUGCAAAAGGACAAUAUUUCCAUCCCAUGGCUGAGAUGCAUCGACGAGCUUGCUACCCUCUAUAUUUGUCGUUUGGCGGAGCGCGGAAUGGACAUAAAGAUAUUGCACGGUACUGUGGAUAUGCUCGGAUACUCGAGACAGUUCCACGAACAAUUGAGAUUCGGGAAAUAA